UGAAUUGUUCAAUUAAAUAUGAGCCAUGUAAAAUUAAAAGAGAUGCAGUACUUAAAUUAUUUACACGUUAUGAAUCUAGAUAGCGCCUCAUGUGUAAAACCAAACAAAAGCGGCAUGAAGUUUCGUAAAAUGGAAUUAUUCUUUAAUUUUAGACAAUGUUUAUUUAUGUAUCGUAGAUUUUUAUUGAUAAUUACAACUUUAAAUAAUUAUUGGCGGUAAAUUUAAAUCGACAAUGCGUAGUAGUAUUUGUUUUUCAAAUAAAUAUGAAAGAAUUUUGUAUUUUGUUCUGUGGAUUGGUGGAGUUGCCUAUUCAAUUUACAACGUUUAUUUGACGAAUAUCCAUUUUCAAGAUUAUUAUGAUGUAUAUUCUGAUUUUGUAUCUGGAUGGUCAUGGAUUGGAAGAAAGCAAGAUGUUUCUGAUCAAGAGUGGAGAGUAUGGAUUCCAUUAAUGAUUACUUUAAUACCUUGGAUAUUUGUACAUCAUUUAGUUAGUGAAAUCAUUAAAAAUGUAUUCAACGAAAUGCAAUUAUUGUGUUGCUGGUAUACCUCGGUAUCUACCCUUUUUCUGUGCUAUUAUUUUGGAACAGUGGGCAUGUUAUGUAUAUUGGCACAAUCAUCGCUAUUAUAUUUACUAAAUUAUGUUAAUAGCAAAAAGAUUAUUUGGCUUGUACAUGUAUUAUUUUUAUUUAUAAUACAUGUUUGUAAAAUACCAAAUGGUUCCUUUUACCAGUGGUUACAAUACAACGAUGACGAGCAUUACCUUUUAUUACUCGCAAUGUGUUGGAUUCAAUUGAGAUCUAUUAGUCAAAAUAUGAAUACUUUUCAAAUGCACAAAUUUCAAGACAAGAUCAAUUUUACAGAUUUUUUUAAUAACUAUCUUCAAAUGUUGGCAUAUUGUUUAUAUUUACCUACACUUUUUUUGGGUCCAUUGAUUUUAUAUCACGAAUUUUUGAAUGCAUUGGGUAAAUUCCCAUCAAAGUGGAAUUUCAUGAAAGCGAAGAAAAUAAUUACUAAUCUAAUUAGAUAUAUUUUUUGGUACUAUUUUACUGAAUUUUCCCUGCACUUCGUUUAUAUUAAUGUGCUUCAAUAUCAUCCAAAGAUUGUAGAAAAUUUAAAUUCAUGGGCCCUAUAUGGUCUAGGAUAUUGUAUGGGACAAUUUUUUCUAAAUAAGUAUGUUGUUAUUUAUGGAAUUAACAAAACUUUAUGUGAAGCAGAUGGCAUUGAAGCUCCCUUGCCACCUAAAUGUAUUGGGAGAAUUCAUUUAUAUUCAGAUAUGUGGAAAUCUUUUGAUAGGGGUUUAUAUAAAUUUCUCAUUAGGUACAUUUAUAUACCUGUAAUAAAUACUACUAAGUCAAACGGCUAUCAUAAAAAAUUGUUUGCUUCUUUUCUAUGUUUUACAUUUGUUUUUUUAUGGCAUGGAAUGCAAACCAAUAUCUUUACAUGGGCACUUUUGAAUUUCAUUGGUUUAAACAUCGAAAACUUAUCAAGAAUAAUAGGGAAUACCGAAAUAUAUAAUAGAAUUGUGGACAAAUAUCUUAGUUCUUGGAAUAGAAGACGACUUGACUGUGCAUUAGCUAGUAUUCUUUUGGCAAUGUCUGCAAUAUCCAAUUUUUUUUUCUUUGCAGGACAAAAAAUUGGAAAUAUAUAUAUAAAUCGAAUAUUAAAUGAUUCGUGGAGUACUACAUCGCUUCUACUGUUUUUUCUUUAUUGUUGUUGUCAUGUUUCGAUAGACACAAAAUUGAUGAAAAUGUAAUAAUUAUUUAUUAGUAUUAACUUAUCAAAGAAUAGAUGUAUUUAGACGAUAUUUUUUUAAAUGACAAUAAAUAAAGAAUAAAUAAUAAAGGCAAAACCAUUGAUAUAUUCAA